UAACUUUAAAUGAAAUCAAAUGUCUUUUGAACUUUGGUUUCUCCGUCUUUCUUGGAGACCAACAUUAAAAAUAACAAACGUCUCUUGAUCCAUCCAACCAACUCACCCAACUUCUUCUUCCUAUGUAUACUCCCAAACCACUCACUGCUCCAUUCAUUUCACACUCUCACGAUCCAAGCCCCUCACCUUGACACCUCUCCAAUGGCAACUCUUUCUCCAACCUCUUUCACAAAGAACUUCAAUUCCUCAGUUGAUUUCCCAAUAACUUCAUUCCAGACAUUUGCAAUCUUUGGUCCUAAGCUGAAAACUGAGCAGACCCAUUUCAGAUUAUCGACUUCUUUCAAGGGAAACAGGAGAGUUGUAGAUUUUGAGAAUACAACUACUGUGCAAACUUCACUAUUUACCCUGACAGGUGUCAGGACCGGUUCACGUUUAGAAUUGAAGGCUAUGAAGGAGUCUCCAGGACUGACUCAGAAACUUGACAAGAACAGGCUGGAUAGAUUAACUGAAUCUGAAAAUGGAUGUGAUUUGUUUCAACAUCUGAAACAUCGAUUUCUAAGAUUCAAAAAGCAUAAAUUCGAGGAGAACUUGGGACAUUUUCAAAACCUUGCUGAGGGUCAAGCACCAAAGUUCAUGAUUAUUGCCUGUGCAGACUCAAGGGUUUGCCCCUCUGUCAUCCUGGGGUUUCAACCAGGAGAAGCAUUCAUGGUCCGAAAUGUAGCUAAUUUGGUUCCCCCAUUUGAGGGUGGACCCUCAGAAACAAAUGCGGCAUUAGAAUUUGCUGUAAAUUCUCUUAAGGUUGAGAACAUUUUAGUCAUUGGCCACAGUCGCUGUGGAGGCAUUCGUGCCCUUAUGAGCAUGCAAGAUGAAGUAGAUUCAAGUAGCUUCAUUAGAAGUUGGGUAAUUGUUGGAAAGAAUGCAAGUUUAAACACAAAGUCUGCAGCUUCCCACCUAGGCUUUGACCAGCAGUGCAAGCACUGUGAGAAGGAAUCAGUCGACCAUUCCUUGUUGAACCUGCUCACUUACCCAUGGAUAGAACAAAAAGUGGCUAAAGGAGAACUCUCUCUGCAUGGUGGGUACUAUGACUUCGUUGACUGUACAUUUGAGAAGUGGACACUGGAUUACAAGGGUAGCAAUUUGGGGAAAAAUAGCAGACUUCCAGUCAAAAACAGAUUUUAUUGGUGCUGAAUUUUGCUACAAGUGUUGUUUUUGUUGAUAUUAUUUUUUUUUUAAUUUCUGAAACUUACAUUGAGUGUGACAGCGUAUAGUCUUAAUUUAAAGAAUUCAACACAACCAUAACCUACUGUUGAUCUGUAUCAUUUUACUGAACAGUAAUAUGAUAUAAUAUAUACACCCUGUUGUAUUUGUGUUUUAAUGAAAUGUUCUUGUUAUACAAU